AUGAUGUUGCAGGCCGCCGAAGAUGAGAAAUGGAAGGGUGCGCAACUCGAGAAGCAUGUGCAAGGAAAGGUACACAUGUGCUACCGUUCGUACAAGUCCACGUCCAAGUGGCUGGCUCACGUUGAGAAUCAUCACCGAGAGGAGCUGUGGUUGAAGGAGGAGGAAGAGAACGAGGAGGAAGAGAACGAUGGCGAUGAGGAUUUCGAUUUUGAGAACUUGUGA